CAGACCAACACCGCGCAGAGGGUCUGUCUGUGUUUCUCCGUUCUUAAACCUGUUCUCAUGGAAACGGGUCAUUUGUCUCCCCUCUACAGUACCAAAUCAGAGCAAUAGAGGCUCCAUUAUGUCCAGAGCAACAGUCUUACUGCAUGUGAGGCUUUAACUAAUUCCAUUUCAGCAUAUAGGGGGUGUUGCCACAAAGUAGCCAUAUUGAAUGAAUUGAGCUGUUCCACUGUCAACCCCACCAGGUCCCGAUGAAGACAGCUCCUCAUCAAUUCUACUCCCCACGCUUCUCUUCUUCACGAUGGCCGCCACGGACAUAGACAUCUUCGCUAAUGAAGAGAAGCGUAGUCUGGAGCUGGGCGGCCAUGUUGGGUUUGACAGUCUUCCAGACCAGUUGGUCAGGAAAUCAGUCACACAGGGAUUCUGCUUCAACAUCCUGUGUGUCGGUGAGACAGGGAUAGGGAAGUCAACGUUGAUGAACACGCUGUUCAACACACUGUUUGAGGCCGAGGAGGCCAGCCACUACCAGAACGGUGUGUAUCUGCGGCCCAGGACCUAUGACCUGAAGGAGAGCAACGUUCAGCUCAAACUGACCGUAGUCGACACUGUGGGGUUCGGAGACCAGAUCAACAAGGAGGAGAGCUUCAAACCCAUAGUGGACUACAUCGACACCCAGUUUGAGACCUACCUGCAGGAGGAGAUGAAGAUCAAACGUUCCCUGUUCGACUACCACGACACCAGGAUCCAUAUCUGUCUCUACUUCAUCGCCCCAACCGGACACUCUCUUAAAUCACUGGAUCUGGUCACCAUGAAGAAACUGGACAGCAAGGUAAACAUCAUCCCCAUCAUUGCCAAGGCAGACACCAUAUCUAAGAGCGAGCUGCACAAGUUCAAGAUCAAGAUCAUGUCAGAGUUGGUGAGCAACGGUGUUCAGAUCCACCAGUUCCCCACUGAGGACGAGGCUGUCACCGAGAUCAACUCCUCUAUGAAUGCCCAUCUGCCCUUUGCUGUGGUGGGGAGUGUUGAGGAGGUUAAAGUGGGUAAUAAGAUGGUGAAAGCCAGACUGUACCCCUGGGGAACUGUACAGGUGGAGAACGAGAGCCACUGUGACUUUGUGAAGCUGAGAGAGAUGUUGCUGAGAGUGAACAUGGAAGACCUGAGAGAGCAGACUCACGCCAGACACUACGAGCUCUACAGACGCUGCAAACUGGAGGAGUUGGGCUUCACAGAUACAGACCCCGACAACAAACCCUUUAGUCUGCAGGAGACGUAUGAGGCCAAGAGGAAAGAGUUCCUGGGGGAUCUGCAGCAUAAGGAGGACGAGAUGAGACAGAUGUUUGUCAACAAGGUGAAGGAGACCGAGGCAGAGCUGAAAGAAAAGGAGAGAGAGCUCCAUGAGAGGUUUGAGCAGCUGAAGAGGAUGCACCAGGAGGAGAAGAGGAAUCUGGAGGAGAAGAGGAGCGAUCUGGAUGAAGAGAUGAACGCAUUCAACAGGAGGAAGGUGGCAGCUGAGACGCUGAUGGGUCAGUCUCUACAGGGAUCCUCACAACCGUUCAGAAAGGACAAGAAGAACUUCUUUAGUCUUCCGUCUGCGUGCUCCCUAACAGCAGGAAGGAAUUUAAAUUAGAAGACUGACUUUCUACCACGCCAAAAGGAUGGCUGUUUUAUUCUUCCCCUAUUGACAAUUAACAAUCUAUUGAGCUUACUAUUUUUUACAGUGUGAUUCGAAGCUACAUUUUUGUAAAAAAUAUGUGCAUCCUAAAUGGCACCCUAUUCCCUAUAAUGUGCCCUACUUUUGACCAGGGUGGCACCCUAUUCCCUAUAAUGUGCCCUACUUUUGACCUAAGCCUCUGGUUAAAAAUAGUGCAUUACAAAAGGAAUAGAGUGCCAUUUGGGAUGCAUUCCUUGCUGUGCUGUGCUCUCCUUCCUGAACUCUUCAAGUGAUGUUCUUACCUAAUACCUAGUCUUGGAGUCUUCCAUACAGCUCAGCAUAUUAGUACACACGUUCUCUAAUAGUCAGAAAGUAUAUAGGCUAUAUAUAGGGCUAUAAAGUAGUGCAUUAUAUAGGGUGAUAUUGGAGAUGCAACUUUGGUUGAAUAAAAGCUGAUGCUCUAUAGCAUGCUUCUCUGCAUGACAUUUUACACAUUACUUUCUUCAAUAAGCAUAAGAUAACUAGCCGAGGUGCCAGUCUGUUUCUGUUCUAGAAAGCAGUUGGUAAGAGAGCAGUAACCGACUGGCAUUCAGGCUGCAAGACAACAAUUUUCAGAUUAAAAUCCCCCAGAGUUUAUUAAGUAGUUCAUUAGGUUAAUACAUGUGUUUUCCAUGCUGUUGUCAGGGUUUAUUUACCCUGACUGUUCUAUGUAUUGACUAGUGACUCGUCUUAUUCCACUGAAAAUCUGUAAGACUUUUAUUAAGGACGCUGCAACCUGCAAGAGGUUGUUACGGUUGUCUAUUUAUAAGAAAUAAGAACUUUAUUUAACAAACUGUGACUCUGUGGAAUAUGAUCUAUGGAUUAGUCUACCUACUUAAAUAGUAGUGAUCUUUGUGCUAUGGUGGUUGGGAUUGUAUCAUUUGAUGGCUAUAGAUCAACCACCAAGGUGUAUUUGUCUGAAAUUAAGAACAAUAUUCCAGAAGAACAAAAUGAGCUUCUUUCAAUUGUUAUUUGAAAUUUACACUAAAACUACAAAAUAUAAAUGUUAUCCUAAAGUGUCCAAGAUUAUAGUUAAACAAUCUUUAAAAUAAGUCAUCUUAUAGAAGUGAUUGAUUAUAUCGUAUAGAUUUGUAUUUGCUCGCUAUUAAUAAAGCUACUUUAAAAAAUG